AUGCUCAUGCUCACCUCCUACAUCCGCAUGCGAUCCAGGCGGCUGCUCGUCCCCGUCAUCAUCUCCGUCAUCGCCUGCUGGUCGGUCUGGGCCGUCUACGCACCGCGGACGGACCCUACCGCCAGUGUCGGCCCGAGCACGUACAAGUCGGCGUUCCCCCUGGCCUGGGAACAUAUCCACAUGUUCAACGGGACGGGAGGCGCAUGGUACAUCCCCGACGACUGGAUCGACGACAAGCGUCGGCAGCCGACCAACAUCCUCGAGGCAGCACGCCUCGCAUCGCGGGCGGCCGAGGCGGACCACCUGCGGCAGGUCGACCAGUCCCUCAUCCCCCUGAUCGUCCACCAGACCUGGGCCGUCGCGCAGAUCGACACGUGGGGCACCAACGUGCUGUCCUGCGUCGAGAAGUGGCUGCGGUAUGCGGUGCUGGGCGAGUACGGGAGCCCGAUGGCCUACCUGUUCUGGGACGACGACGGCAUGCUGGCGUUUGUGGAGGAGUACGAGCCUGAUUUUGUCGAGCCCUUCAUAACUCUCUUUACGCCCGUCGAGCGGGCAGACAUAUUCCGCAUACUGGUCUGCAAGUGGUUCGGCGGCAUAUACGGCGACGUCGAUACGGAGCCUCUCCAGCACCCGGCCAAGUGGAUCCGCCCUCUCGACGUGGCCCCCUGGACCGACCCGGAAACCGAGGCGUCCUGGGGCCAGAAGCCCGCCGACGGCGGCAGCAAGGACGUGCGGCGGCCGGUGCGGCUGCUCGUCGGGCUCGAGGCCGACACGGACCCGGCGCUCGACACGUACUGGCGCAUGGGCUACUCGUACCCCGUGCAGCUGACGCAGUGGGCGCUGGCCUCGGCGCCGCAGCACCCGGCGCUGUCGCGGUUCAUGGACGACGUGCAGAGCGAGGUCGACGUCAUCGUCAACAUGACGGUGCACUCGGGCGCCGGCAGCACCGAGAUCGCGCAGAUCCACGCCGACCCCCUCACGCGCACGGGGCCGGCCGCCAUCACGGCCGCGGUCAGCCGGUGGCUCGAGGAGCACGUGGGCCUGCGCUGGAACGCGGUGACGGGGCUCAAGGACGGGGGCAAGUCGAAGCUGGUCGCCGACGUGCUGGUGCUUCCCAUUACUGGAUUCAGUCCCGGGCGCGGACAGUACGGCAACAUGGGCUCGAAGCCGGCGAGCGACCCGGACGCGAGGCUGCUCCACCACGCCCAGGGUUCAUGGAGGCACUUUGACCUCAAGGUCGAGCUCGGCAAGCUCUGCCGCACGAUGUUUGGAUUGUGUAGGGACUGGUCCAAGGUCCCGUCAUGA